UGAAGCAAGAUGGCGGCCCGGUAGCGGAGCGGUGGCCGCGGCUGUGAGUCCCGCGCCCGGCGCCAUGUCGCUGCUCUGCGUGCGAGUUAAAAAGGCAAAGUUCGAUGGGCCCCAAGAGAAGUUUAACACCUACGUGACACUGAAGGUACAAAAUGUCAAGAGCACAACCAUUGCAGUGCGGGGCAACCUGCCCUCCUGGGAGCAGGACUUCAUGUUUGAGAUCAACCGGCUUGACCUGGGCCUGACGGUGGAGGUGUGGAACAAGGGUCUCAUCUGGGACACCAUGGUGGGGAUGGUGUGGAUCCCCCUCCGUACCAUCCGGCAGUCCAAUGAGGAGGGCCCUGGGGAGUGGCUCACGCUUGACUCCCAAGUCAUCAUGACCGACAAUGAGAUUUCAGGCACCAAGGACCCCACUUUCCACCGUAUCCUCCUUGACACCCGCUUUGAGCUGCCUCUGGAUAUCCCUGAGGAGGAGGCCAGGUACUGGGCCAAGAAGCUGGAGCAGCUCAAUGCCAUGCGGGACCAGGAUGAUUAUGCCUUCCAGGAGGAGCAGGAAAAGCCUUUGCCCGUUCACAGCUCCCAGUGCUGCAGCUGGAAUUACUUUGGAUGGGGAGAACAGCAGAAUGAUGACCCUGACAGCACAGUGGAUGAUCGUGACAGUGAUUAUCGCAGUGAGACCAGCAACAGCAUCCCACCACCUUACUACACCACCUCCCAGCCCAAUGCCUCUGUCCACCAGUACCCCAUGAGGCACCAGCAGCAGAGCUCCCGUGACUCCUACACCGACUCCAUGCAGAGCUAUGAGAUGGACUACUCAGACCAGCAUCCCAUCAGACGCUAUGGUAGCGUUGACUCUGCCGCACACAGGCGCAGUGACGCCGAGUCCGCCUCUGAGUCGAGCAGGCGGACCAGCCGCCAGCCUUCCCUUGAGAGCAGGCGAUCCCUAGACCUAUCUGAUAGCCCCACGGGGAGCAGCCAUUAUGCCUCAUCGGCUGAGCUGAGUCAGGGCAGCUCCCAGCUGAGCGAGGACUUUGAGAACGAGAGCCUGCGGGACUCAGAGCUGGAUGAGCGGGAUGGGGACUCCUACCACUCCUGCCAUAGCUCUGUCAGCUACCACAAGGACUCACCCCGCUGGGAGGAGGAGGAGGACGAUGACCUCUACCUGGAGGAGGAGGAAGAGGAGGAGGAAGAGUUCAAUGAGGACUACAGUGAGAAUGAGGAAGCCUGCCCCAAGGAGGAGGAGGAGAAGGACCUGCAGGAGCAGGUCACCUAUGAAGCCCCUGAGCAUGAUGCCUACCCCCCACUGCAGAAACCCCCAAGUCAGCAGCAGCAACCACAGCAACCCCAGUUGGUCCCUCAGCUGAAGCUGCAGCAGGAGGAGAGGAAGGAGGAGAGGAAAGAGGAGAGGAAGGAGAAUGACACCUCUGCCCCCGAGGAAAUCCCAGAGGCCCUCCAGGCCCAGUGGAGUGUGGAUGAAGCUCCCCUGCAAGAGGCAACUCCUGAGCCUGAGCCCCCAAAACCAUCUGAGAGGGAGCAAGCAGAGGUGGAGGUGCAGGACCCCAAAGCACGAGCCAAAGUCAACUGGCUGAGAGCCUUCAACAAGGUCUGCAUGCAGCUGCAGGAGGCUCGCGGGGAUGGUGAUGGAGAAGCUAAAUCCCUGUGGUUCAAAGGCGGGCCUGGUGGUGGGCUGAUCAUUAUAGACAGCAUGCCGGACAUACGCAAGCGAAAACCCAUCCCCCUAGUUAGUGAUUUGGCAAUGUCCCUGGUCCAGUCCAGGAAAGCAGGAAUCACAUCUGCGCUGGCCUCGAGCACCUUGAACAAUGAGGAGCUGAAAAACCAUGUUUACAAGAAGACCCUGCAAGCCUUAGUGUACCCCAUCUCCUGCACAACACCCCACAACUUUGAGGUGUGGACGGCCACCACCCCUACCUACUGCUACGAGUGUGAGGGGCUGCUGUGGGGAAUUGCCCGGCAGGGCAUGCGCUGUGCUGAGUGUGGCGUCAAGUGCCAUGAGAAGUGUCAGGACCUGCUCAACGCUGACUGCCUGCAGAGGGCGGCGGAGAAGAGCUCCAAGCAUGGAGCAGAGGACCGGACCCAGAACAUCAUCAUGGUGCUCAAGGACCGCAUGAAGAUCCGGGAGCGCAACAAGCCAGAGAUAUUUGAGCUGAUCCAGGAGGUGUUUGGGGUCACCAAGACCACACACACACAGCAGAUGAAGGCAGUGAAGCAGAGUGUCCUGGAUGGCACCUCCAAAUGGUCAGCCAAGAUCAGCAUCACAGUUGUUUGUGCCCAGGGCCUGCAAGCAAAGGAUAAGACAGGCUCCAGUGACCCCUAUGUCACUGUCCAGGUUGGAAAGACAAAAAAAAGGACUAAAACUAUCUACGGCAAUCUCAACCCAGUCUGGGAGGAGAAUUUCCAUUUUGAGUGCCAUAACUCCUCUGACCGCAUCAAGGUCCGCGUCUGGGACGAGGACGACGACAUCAAGUCCCGUGUGAAGCAGCGCUUCAAGAGGGAGUCUGAUGACUUCCUGGGCCAGACGAUCAUUGAGGUCCGGACCCUGAGUGGGGAGAUGGACGUCUGGUAUAACCUCGACAAGCGGACAGACAAGUCGGCUGUGUCGGGAGCCAUACGACUGCACAUCAGUGUGGAGAUCAAAGGCGAGGAGAAGGUGGCUCCCUACCACAUACAGUACACGUGCCUGCAUGAGAACCUGUUCCACUUUGUGACGGAUUUGCAAAACAACGGAGUGGUGAAGAUCCCUGAUGCCAAGGGGGACGAUGCCUGGAAGGUGUACUUCGAUGAGACAGCGCAGGAGAUCGUGGAUGAGUUUGCCAUGCGCUAUGGGGUGGAGUCCAUCUACCAGGCCAUGACGCACUUUGCCUGCCUUUCUUCCAAGUACAUGUGCCCCGGGGUGCCAGCAGUGAUGAGCACCCUGCUUGCUAACAUCAAUGCCUACUACGCACACACCACAGCAUCCACCAACGUUUCAGCCUCCGACCGCUUUGCUGCUUCCAAUUUCGGGAAGGAGCGUUUCGUCAAACUCCUUGACCAGCUGCACAACUCACUGCGGAUUGACCUGUCCAUGUACCGGAACAAUUUCCCUGCCAGCAGCCCUGAACGGCUGCAGGAUCUCAAGUCCACGGUGGAUUUGCUGACCAGCAUCACCUUCUUUCGGAUGAAGGUCCAGGAGCUGCAGAGCCCCCCACGAGCCAGCCAGGUAGUGAAGGACUGUGUGAAAGCCUGCCUCAACUCCACCUAUGAGUACAUCUUCAACAACUGCCACGAGCUGUACAGCCGCGAGUACCAGACGGACCCAACUAAGAAAGGCGAAGUGCCCCCCGAGGAGCAGGGCCCCAGCAUCAAAAACUUAGACUUCUGGUCCAAGCUCAUCACUCUGAUAGUCUCCAUUAUCGAGGAAGACAAGAAUUCCUACACACCCUGCCUGAACCAGUUCCCCCAAGAACUGAACGUGGGGAAGAUCAGUGCCGAGGUGAUGUGGAACCUCUUCGCUCAGGAUAUGAAGUAUGCGAUGGAGGAGCAUGACAAGCACCGCCUGUGCAAGAGCGCGGAUUACAUGAACCUGCACUUCAAGGUGAAGUGGCUUUACAAUGAGUAUGUCACCGAGCUGCCCUCCUUCAAGAGCCGUGUGCCUGAGUACCCUGCCUGGUUUGAGCCCUUUGUUAUCCAGUGGCUGGAUGAGAAUGAAGAGGUGUCGCGGGAUUUCCUGCAUGGAGCACUGGAGCGGGACAAGAAGGAUGGGUUCCAGCAGACAUCAGAGCACGCGCUCUUCUCUUGCUCCGUGGUGGACGUCUUCUCCCAGCUCAACCAGAGCUUUGAGAUCAUCAAGAAACUUGAGUGCCCUGAUCCUCAGAUUGUUGGGCAUUACAUGCGACGGUUUGCCAAGACCAUCAGCAAUGUUCUCCUCCAGUAUGCUGAGAUCAUCUCCAAGGAUUUUGCUUCAUACUGCUCCAAGGAGAAGGAGAAAGUGCCCUGCAUCCUGAUGAACAACAUCCAGCAGCUCCGUGUCCAGCUCGAGAAGAUGUUUGAAGCCAUGGGUGGGAAGGAGCUGGACACGGAAGCCAGUGAUAUCCUUAAGGAACUGCAGGUGAAACUCAACAAUGUCCUGGAUGAGCUGAGCCGAGUCUUUGCCACCAGUUUCCAGCCGCACAUUGAAGAGUGUGUGAAGCAGAUGGGCGACAUCCUGGGCCAGGUGAAGGGCACUGGUAACGUCCCUGCCAGCACCUGCAGCAGUGUUGCACAGGAUGCUGACAACGUCCUGCAGCCCAUCAUGGACCUUCUAGACAGCAACCUGACGCUCUUUGCCAAGAUCUGUGAGAAGACAGUGCUGAAGCGUGUGCUAAAGGAGCUCUGGAAGCUGGUUAUGAACACAAUGGAGAAGACCAUUGUUCUGCCCCCGCUUACUGAUCAGACGGGCACACAGAUGAUUUUCAAUGCAGCCAAGGAGCUGGGGCAGCUCUCCAAGCUAAAGGACCACAUGGUGCGGGAGGAAGCCAAGAGUCUGACCCCCAAACAAUGUGCAGUGGUGGAGCUGGCACUGGACACCAUCAAGCAAUACUUCCAUGCUGGUGGCGUGGGGCUGAAGAAGACAUUCCUGGAGAAGAGCCCCGACUUGCAGUCGCUGCGCUAUGCCCUGUCCCUCUACACCCAGGCUACUGACCUCCUCAUCAAAACCUUUGUGCAGACCCAGGCUUCACAGGGCUCUGGUGUGGAUGACCCUGUUGGGGAGGUGUCUAUCCAUGUGGAGCUCUUCACCCACCCAGGCACUGGUGAACACAAAGUCACUGUCAAAGUGGUGGCUGCAAAUGACCUCAAAUGGCAGACAUCAGGCAUCUUCCGUCCCUUCAUUGAGGUCAACAUCAUCGGGCCCCACCUCAGUGACAAGAAGAGGAAAUUUGCCACCAAAUCCAAGAACAACAGCUGGGCCCCGAAGUACAACGAGAGCUUCCAGUUCACGCUGGGUGUGGAGACUGGUCCUGAGUGCUAUGAACUGCAGGUGUGUGUGAAGGAUUACUGCUUUGCCCGCGAGGACCGGACAGUGGGCAUCGCUGUCCUGCAGCUCCGUGACAUCCUGCAGCGACCUGGCUGUGCCUGCUGGCUGCCCCUGGGCCGCCGCAUCCACAUGGAUGACACCGGCCUCACCGUCCUCCGCAUCCUCUCCCAGCGCAACAAUGAUGAGGUGGCCAAGGAGUUUGUCAAGCUCAAGUCAGACACACGCUCAGCCGAGGAGGGCAGCAAUUAA